AUAUAAAAAACCCUAAACUUCUUCUACAUUUCUAUUCCCUGCUUCUGUUCUUUCUCUCACACUCCCUUUAUAAUUAGACCCCAAAAUUUCAUUAGGAGGGAGGUGUGAGAAGAAGGGACAGCAAUACAAAUUAGCCCCCUCUCCCAACACUUUUAUGCUACAACAUUCAUCAGAUUAACUCAAAAAUGGCCAUCACUACUCACACUCUAUCCUCCACAGAAAAAAGACAUUGGUGGCUUACCAAUCGAAAGAUUGUUGAGAAAUACAUCAAAGACGCUCGGAGUCUUAUAGCCACGCAAGAUCAGAGGGAGAUUGUUUCGGCUCUCAACCUUCUCGAUGCGGCUCUGGCGAUUUCUCCCAGGCUGGACCAAGCGCUUGAGCUUAGAGCCAGGGCUCUGCUCUGUUUGCGGCGCUUCAAGGAGGUCGCGGAUAUGCUUCAGGACUACAUUCCGAGCCUCCGAAUCAACGAUGACUCCUCUUCCUCCUCCUCCUCUGUUUCAUCCGACACCUCCAGAGAGGGAGUGAAGCUUCUCUCUUCCUGUGAGUCGCCGGUGAGAGAUCAGAGCUUCAAGUGCUUUUCUGUUUCCGACCUCAAGAAGAAGGUCAUGGCAGGGCUGUGUAAAAACGGCGAGAAGGAAGGGCAAUGGAGAUACUUGGUGUUGGGUGAAGCAUGCUGCCACCUAGGCCUAAUGGAGGAUGCAAUGGUUCUUCUUCAAACGGGAAAGCGUCUUGCAAGCGCUACGCUCCGGCGCGAGAGUGUGUGCUGGUCGCAAGACAGCUUCAAUGUUGCGAACAUUCAAUUCUCCAGCGACGCCACAAAUGCGCCACCCACAACUCCACCGCGAACUCUUCUUGCGGCGGAUACUGAGAGCGUGACUCAACUCCUCGGCCACAUAAAGUUUCUCCUCCGGCGACGCGCCGCCGCACUGGCCGCCCUCGAUGCAGGGCUCUACUCAGAGGCCAUCCGCCACUUCUCGAAAAUUGUGGACGGCCGGCGUAGCGCACCGCAGAGCUUCCUUGUCGAAUGCUACCUCCUCCGCGCCUCUGCUCACCGUUCCGCCGGUAGAAUCGCAGAGUCAAUUGCGGAUUGUAACCGCACCCUUGCUUUGGACCCCACUUGCAUUCAAGCACUAGAAACCAGAGCUUCACUCUUCGAAAACAUUCGUUGUUUACCCGAUUCUCUUCACGACCUCGAACACUUGAAGCUCCUCUACAAUUCAAUUUUACGAGACCGCAAGCUUCCCGGUCCUGCGUGGAAGCGCCACAACGUGCGUUAUAGGGAAAUUCCAGGGAAACUCUGCACCCUCACUAUUAAAAUUCAAGAACUGAAACAGAAGCUGGCAUCUCGAGAAACAGGGAAUGUCGAUUACUAUGCUUUGAUUGGUGUUCGACGAGGUUGUUCCCGGUCGGAGUUGGAAAGGGCUCACUUGUUGCUUUCCUUGCGGCACAAGCCUGAUAAGGCAACGGGGUUUAUCGAAAGGUGCGAGCUUGCGGAUGAGCGUGAUGUUGAGUCGGUUAAUGAGAGGGCGAAGAUGUCAUCUUUGUUGUUGUAUAGAUUGGUUCAGAAGGGUUACACUACUGUGAUGAGUAACAUCAUGGAUGAGGAAGCUGCUGAGAAGCAGAGAAAGAAGGCAGCUUUGCUGGCUAUUCAAGUGCAGAAAGAGAAAGACGAUGAACCUGAGCUGUGGAGCAAGGUUGAGUGUACUAGGAGCAGCAGCGUGGAAAAUAAUAAUAAUAAUAAAAACGAUGAUAAUAAUAAUAAUAAUAAUAAUAAUAAUAAUAAUAAUAAUAAUGCUCAAAUGUCUCAAAAUAGUUCCAUGGUGUGUUCUUCUACUGUGAAUCCGGCGAUGUUUCAGGGCGUUUUCUGCCGUGACAUUGCAGUGGUGGGGAACUUGCUUUCUCAGGUGGGGUUUAAUCGGUCCAUGCCGGUGAAGUAUGAAGCGUUGAGCUGUUGAUUGUAUUGAAGUGCAUAUGAAAUGGAAAUGUUAGGUGGGAGAUGUCGAAGAUGGUACGGACAGUGGAAAUCUCUGGUUCGUUGGUUCACUGUGUACAAAUUAUGCAAAACAAAAUCAAAAUAUUUAGAUUGCCGGAAAAUUUUAUCUUUUCUUUAUCUCUUAUUAGUUAUCUUUGCAUUAUCUCUAUCAGAUGUACAGAGUAUGAGUACUGAAUGCAGCUCUCUUUUGGGA